AAUUUUUUUCUGCCUCAAUAAAAAUGUAUAAAUAAUAUAAUAACAUAUUAAAGAAGAUUGUUUAGUGAGAAAAUAUGUACAAUUAAGUGGUUAAAACAAAGUGAAUCGUUUUGAAUCCAAAAAAAUGCAAGAAUAUAAAUCAUUUUUAAUCAAGGAUUUGUUGGGGGAUGUUUUGGCGACAUCAGAUACCGAAGAUUUGGUUCAAACCCAACGGAACGAUAUCGACCCGUCGGAUUCUCGAUUGAGUUCCGAAGAAUCCAUUAUCAAUCCGACAGAUUCUAAUGAAUCCGUAAAAGGACGAAAACCCCGUCGACGAAGAACCGCGUUCACCCACGCUCAAUUGGCAUAUUUGGAGCGAAAAUUUCGGUGUCAAAAAUAUCUUUCAGUAGCUGAUAGAAGCGAUGUGGCCGACGCUUUAAAUCUAUCAGAAACUCAAGUAAAAACAUGGUAUCAAAAUAGAAGGACAAAAUGGAAAAGGCAAAACCAAUUGAGAUUGGAACAAUUAAGGCAUCAAGCGAAUGUUGAAAAGGAGUUGCUUUCGACGAGCUCAUUAAGAUCUUCAAACGAACAACAACAACCACCUUGUUGCCCUCCAGUUACCAUGGGUAGAUACACAACUCAAAGUCCGUGCAGCUUUUUGACCACUGCAGCAGCUGCUAUUUUUCACAAUGUCACUUAUGUUCAUGGAUGCCAAUUAUAAAAUUUAAAUUAAAAUUAAAAAGUGAGGGUGAAAGUUAUCUUAAAAAUUUUUAAGCAUUUUUUUAGGAUUUAUAACAAUAAUUAUUUAUUGUAGAUUAUGUAUUUGUUAAACCAUACGGUGCAAUUAUUAAUAAAAUUAGAUGUUUGUUUUAAUCUAUCUAUG